UUGAAAAAUGCACCUUGUGUGUGCGAAGUGAAUGAAAGCGAAGGAAUAUAAACACGCUUGCGCCAACGGAACUUUAAUCCUGUAUGAUUCAUACGGAAAUUCCAUAGCAAGGUGCAGAAAUCCAACGUCGUUGACUUCUACACUGCUUUCUCCAGUGACAACUACAAAAGUUGACGAGUUUGUAAGUUUACGAGUUUUGUUUGGUGUAUUGGAAUACGGACAGGAUUUUGUUCCAGUAUCAUGCGGUGGUUGAUGGAAUUCAAGAUGAUGCAUUUCGUCAGAGUAACUCCAAACAUAGCUCCAAUUUAUGUGCAUCAGGAUUGCACGGAUUAUCAAAUGGGAGAAGAACUCGAUACUAUCAAAGAAGUUCCGGAGAACGGGACAGAAACUUCAACAAAGGAAAUAUCUUCUAUCGACACACAGCCAGAUCUUCUGGAAUCCUGCCCAGGUUCAUCAACUCCAAUACAACACGAAGGAGGAACUUUUUCAUCCGGGUGCAAUAUAGAAUCCAGUCCAUCCCCAUCUCAGUCCAAGACCGACCACGAGGAUGCCUUGUCAGCGGACGAAGGCAUCCAAACCUCCCCGCCGUUUGAGACGGAUGACCCAUGGGACCACGACUCGGACGCGCAUGAGAUCACGACGACGCCUAACAAGAGAAGAUACUCAAUGUCCGCUGUCACCCCGCGGUCAGCGCGAAGCACGCAAGAGGUAGACGGGGAAAUCGGCGUGAAGCUCCGGUCUCCCACGAAGUCGUGGCUCGCUGAGGAGGUUAAAGCACGGAGAUGGAGAUACCGUCCCAAAAGUUGUUCCUUACCGCACAUGGACUGGUUGAAGCAACGGACGGACACGGCGCUAGACAGGAGCGCCGAGAUGCAACGACGGACGGCCGAGCUGAUACGGAGUGCCAAGAGCGUGCGCGAGCAAGACGUCUGAAGAGCAAAACUCUUGACUCUCACUUAAGGUGAUAAUGAUGGACACUUCGUGCUGCAUCAUGAUGGACACAAGAACAAUGGGAACGUACAUUAGCACCAUGGUCUUCUGAUUUUCAAUUAAAGUCUUCAUUUUUUUCUUCAAAACUCAGUUGGCUCACUGUUGCCAACCUGAACCGUGUAUUUCGUUGAUCAAAUCUUUUUAACAACUAGUUUUAAACUAAAACUAAUAAGUUUGUAUAGCUCCUCUUUUUAACAGCCAUUUUAAAGCUCUUUUUACCGACGGAGUUGGGGGAUGUCUUCACCAAAUAUCUCACAUCCCGCAAUGACCCCUACGGGAAGGACAAAAACACAUGAUAUUGAUAUCUGUGCGCGUGAAGACAACAGCCGCAGUUUCUGACAACCAGCCAAUAACAAGUAGCGUUCAAGUGAAAAAGCUUCAAUUUGAGCAAAAUUGGUUGCCAAUCCGAGGAGGAAUUUUAUGCAAUGGAUGAUAACCGGAUACUACAGGCAGUGCAGGCCAUCUAUAAAAGAACCAGCCUCAGAAUCACUGCUUUAGUGUUUGUUUUCGGUCUUUUCAGCAUAAAUUUGGAUGAAGCCAAUAUAAAUAUCUUGCACCAAGACGUACGCAUUUAUCUUGUUCUUUUUCCACGUUUAUUCAUAUAUCGUUUCACUCUUGUCCUCAUUAACUUGUCAUGUACUCAAUGUGAAAUAAAAGACGAAUGUACAUGUACACGCAUUGAACUUACAUGUAGGUUAACAUCUCAGAUUGAUGGAAAAACAAUACAUGCAUUUUUCCAAUCUUCGUCUUUGUUUUAUGGUCAAUUAAGACUGUGUUUGAGUGAAAUGGACUUUUUCAAAAACAAAUAUGUACAGGUAUGUACAUCUGUACACUUUUACGACAAUUAAAACAAAAAUCAACCCAAUAGUUGUGGUUUUACGAAA